AUGAUGCUUUCACUGACUCCUCCUCCUCCUCCUCCUCCUCCUCCUCCUUGCUGGGUCAGGCUCCUACCGAAAACUAUGCAAACCCAAGGACAUGUUUCUUCCAUGUUUUUUUUCAAGGGUGCAUCUUUGGCGUUUUACAUUCUCUCUGCACUUUUCUUUGACAACUUUGUGAUUAUCUUUGUGGUUACUGUUCUCCUUGCUGCUCUUGACUUUUGGGUUGUCAAGAAUGUAAGUGGUCGCAUUUUGGUUGGUUUGAGAUGGAGGAAUGAAAUUAAUGAUUUGGGUGAAGGUAUAUGGAAGUUUGAGUCUCUUGAUCCAGAAUCAUUGGCUCGCAUGAACAAGAAGGACUCGUGGCUGUUUUGGUGGAGCCUUUAUCUUACCGCUGCUUUGUGGAUCAUUCUCGAAGUAUUUUCUCUGAUACGGUUUCAAGCUGAUUAUCUCCUUGUUGUAGCAGUGUGUUUGUCCCUCAGCAUUGUAAACAUUAUUAGCUUUACUAAAUGCUGCAAAGAUUGUAUUUCAAGCUCCGGUGCUCCAUCCAUUGCCUUUACCAAGGCUCUGAAUGAUGCAUACUUGUCUUCGGUAUUUUUGACACAUACAAUAGAGAAUAGCAAGUCUGGAAACUUUGAAGAGUUGCACCUUUCUCUGGAUAGUCACGAGGUACCAACUGGAUUUCCUAAAGGCAUAUUACUGAUUGAAACUUUCGUUGAUGUUAGUGAUAUGACAUAG